AAAGAGACACACUGCGCAGGAAAUAAGCGAGAUUUGAUAUUAAAGUUGACGUGAGCAACUUUACUGGUGUGACUUUCCACACUUAAAGGUUGGGAACCCAACCGACAAGAGUGAAACCGAAUUAUCUAAGCAAAUCUUGGGUGGGGCCACGCCAUGAAACCACGCGCACGUACACACACCCACGCGCCGUGUAACAGGUGGCAACAUACGGACAUUUGCAGAAAUUCUACAACUUUCAUCGGGAACUGGAGGCGGAAAUUAAGACCAAACCAUGGCCAACUUUGGUGGACACGCCAUCCCCGGCUCUUUCUUCUUGCUUUUUGGAGUUUGGCUGACAGUGAAACACACUCUCCAGCACCACUGGAGGAAGACUCAUCCCAAAGGCAGAGACAUUGUGCCUCCUUUCUCUAAACGGAUGGACUGCAUCGAAGGAGGAAUGCAAAUCUUUGCUUCAUUUGUUGGCAUCAUGGUAGAGCAAUUUGUGGUGGACGGCCCACACGCUCGCCUUUACGACACGCAGAACAAUUCGUGGGUGAAGCUGAUGAACUGGCAGCACAGCACCAUGUAUCUCUUCUAUGGCAUCUCUGGGAUAGCUCUGGUCGUGAGCACCGUGUCCAAACUGGUACCGGUCGGUGUGGACCGCUUUGCUCUCUCCUUGGCGCUGUUUGUAGAGGGCUUUCUGUUCUACUACCACGUGCACAGUCGCCCCCCGUUGGAUGCUCACAUCCACUCUCUGCUCCUGGUCGCGGUGUUCAGUGGGUCAACCAGCACCAUGGUGGAGGUGUUCAUGAGAGACCACCUUAUUCUGGAGCUUCUCAGAGCAUGCUUAUUCAUCCUUCAGGGCUCCUGGUUCUACCAGAUUGGCUUUGUGCUGUUCCCACCGAGCGGGCUGCAGUGGGAUCUGACUUUGCAUAGCAACAUCAUGUUCGUCACUAUGUGCUUCUGCUGGCAUUUGGCGGUGGCCUUGCUCCUCGUCGCCUGCACCACCGCCGCAGUGUGGUUCACCAUGAGGAGAUUCUCCAGAAGAGACCGAGACAUCGAGAUAGUAUUGCGAAAGACAUCACCCACCGCAAGUUCUGAGAAAGCUCUACUUGAAGAGUCAGAGGAGGAAUAGUGGCUGAAUUUUUUUUUUUUUUUUUUUUGUAGUUUUGUUAAUUGUUUUCACAGCUAACUAAAAUGUGAUUGA